CGUUUGGCUGCAUCCCAGCUCACACGGCCCGCGACCCUGCCGGAGCGAGCCCCGGGCCCGGAGAUGCAGGGCUCGAUGGCCGCCCCAUCCCUGACCCCGGUCACGCGGCAGGUCAGCAGCCGCGCCGCCCCAGCGCCGGUCCCGAGCGGCGCCGAGAGCGGGCAGCCCCUGGCCGCCGCCGUGGCCGAGCUGCCGGUGCUAGACGCCGCCGGCAGGCGGGUGCCGUUCGGCGCGCUGUUCCAGGAGCGCCGGGCCGUCGUGGUCUUCGUGCGGCAUUUCCUGUGUUACAUCUGCAAGGAAUACGUAGAAGAUCUGGCCAAAAUUCCCAAGAGUUUCUUGCAAGAAGCAAAUGUCACUCUUAUUGUGAUUGGACAGUCAUCCUACCAUCAUAUUGAGCCUUUCUGCAAACUGACUGGGUAUUCUCAUGAAAUCUAUGUUGAUCCUGAGAGAGAAAUUUAUAAAAGAUUGGGAAUGAAAAGAGGUGAAGAAAUUGCCUCCUCAGGACAGAGCCCCCAUAUAAAGUCAAAUAUACUCUCAGGAAGCGUUCGGAGCCUGUGGCGGGCAGUGACUGGCCCCCUUUUUGAUUUCCAAGGAGAUCCAGCUCAGCAAGGUGGAACGCUCAUCUUAGGUCCGGGUAACAGCAUCCAUUUUAUACACCGUGAUAGAAACAGGCUGGACCACAAACCCAUCAACUCUGUUUUACAGCUUGUAGGAGUUCCACACGUGGACUUUACAGGCAGACCUCCAGUUAUCCACGUGUGACGUUACAGACUCGGUCACUUUUAGACGGACCCUGGGGUAUGAUCUGAAGUGUCAGCAUGUAGUAUCCUUGUGCAGGGCCUAAUUUGUUGACUCUUCUCAGCCUUUGAGGAGUAAUGAAAACAUAAAGAGAUUAUGUACCACAAGUUGAGUAGCAGGCUGAGAGGCAUCAGUGGUCAACAAUGUGAUACAGAUUUAUAAUUUCAUGGCUUUUAAAGUUUUAUUUUGUAUAAAACUUUUUGUAAAAAAAAUCAAAUUGUAUUUAUACAAGAUAAAACUUUAAAAAGCUAUAAAAUUUAAAUGUCAUUCUUUAUUUUACAUUAUGGUAUAACCAUUCAAUGAAAGUUUUUUUGGGCUGUUAAAAUUAUGAAGAACAUAUAAGGGGAAGGGAAAGCGAUGCAAAACCAUUUUUAUCCAUUUAGAAAAGCAAGAUGUGAAAUUCUGUAAACAAUAUAAUCACAUUUUUGUAUGUAUAUGUUUAUAUUUUUGUAUGCUUAGAAAGACGGGAAGUAAUUCAUACACCAGAAUAUCUACCAGUAGGUAUCGCCAGGUGGGAGGACUGCGGGUGUUUGUAUAUUUCCCAGCUAUUCUGUAAUGAACAUGAUCUAUCGUUUUGGCCAGGACAAGGUCUUUAAAAAUUACGUUAAGAUUAUAUUCCUACACAGCAAGCUCUACAAAGCUGCAGUUCUAUGGGCUGCAGUCCUCAGGUUUCUACCCUAAUUGCCUUCCUCAGAGGAAAUUCAGACCCAGCCUUCACAGAGCCAGUGUUCACAGCACCUGUACCACACACCCACUCUCCAUUCCACUGGGAUUUUGUCUUUGGGGGGUGUGGUAAAAGGAGAAAAAUAUGUUUUAUAUAUUUAAGAUAUUUUUUAAAAAUAUGAUCGGUAUACUUUUUGAAAGGAGAUUUUAAGAAUUGUUUAAACUAAAAAAAAACUUUGUAAUUUAAAUGUACACUGUAGUUUGGCUGUAUAUUCCUAGACAGCUUUCUCACCCCCAAAACUGCUUUUAUUUAGUGGGACUGUUGUCAUCUUUUAUUUUUCUAGAAUCUUAAUAUGUUUAGUUGGUAAGCAUCCCAGAAAUUCUGAUAAAACAUACAGCAAGAUUAAAAUAUUGGUAAUUAUUAGCAAGUAUAAUGCUGCUUUGAACUUACAAUAUCUUUAUAUCAAGCAGAUGAAGUCAUAUACAAAAUAUAUAUUUAAAGUGUCCAAAUAUUUGAACGUAUUUUCAUGUGUAUAUUCACAGAAAAUCAUGUUUUUAAUCAAUAAAAAUGAAAUAUCUCAUAAAAUUUCGUUACAAAAUUUUGUGCUGUCUUCUUACAGUCAGGAAAGACUAGUGGCCUAGAUCCCUUUGCUGAUUUUAGGCUUAAAACUGCUGAGUCAUAGCUAAUACAAAAUUUACUUAUUUAUAAAUGUACACCACACUUUUCUAAGAUACAUAAGUGUCCUUUAUGUGGUUUCAGGAGGGAACAGUUACAUAAAAUAAGUGCAGUGGUAAAUUGCCUACCCAAACAAAUAUAUUUAAUAUAAAAAUUACUUGUAGUAAGUGCUAUGAAAUGUAUAAACAUGCUCCAUAUGAAAUAAUGUAGUGGACUAAAACUUUUGAAAAACCUUUCUAUGAUAAAUAUUUGGAAAUACUGAUAAAAAGCUAAUAACAUCUAACACUUUGAUGGUGCUAAUUAUUUGCCAGGUACUAUUCCAUUAGCCCUGUGGAACUGACAUUACAAUCAGUAUUAUCAGCUCCAUUUUACAGAGAAGAAACAUCUGUUUUUAAACUUGAGCUUACAAGAAAGUGAGGAAACUCCACAAGGGCCAGACAGAAGCAGAAAUCAGGCUGAUGACCGUGCAUGGAAGCCGGGGGCUGUCCCCUUCCCAGGAUUCAGAGAAGGCUAUUUCUUGGCCAACUCAAAGGCUUUAUAUAGUAGAGAGUUAAAAGAAAGACCACUGCAUGAAGUACCACCUGAGACCUGGGACUUCUGAGGGCAAAAACGGUGUAAGAAUGGGCUCCAGUCAAUCCAUCUAUAGACCAAGGAGUCCAGUGGGGACCUGUGUUAUAAGGCUUCUGCAGUGAACCUUUGUGGAAAAAAGAAUUUUGAUAAAAUGUAAGUGCAUGCUUAAUUUUAAAAAAUCAAAUAUUUUUGUUUAUCAAGAAGAUUCAUGAUGAACUAGGAGACGGCAUAAAAUGUUCGCGUUACCAUCCACCACGGGAGGUCACAGUGGUAACACUGACCACGUGAAAGCUGGAAGACAAACUGUGUAAAGGUUAAGACUUAUUUUAAGAAGCGUGUUCCAGAAGAUGAUUUAAAACCAUGCAGCUGCAGAAGAAGGCACAUUUACACGUCAUUCUGUGAAGAAUGAGUUUUCGUUUAGAUCAGAGUUCUUGUAAAUUAAUUUCACGCGUCAAUUCUGAGUUUUCUUGUGUACUUUUCAAAAGUGAAAAGGUGGCUCUUCACAGUGGCUCUGUUAGCAGAAAGCUCUGAAAACAGUUACAGGAUGCCAAUUUUAUAUCAGCAUUAUUAGAUGCUUGAAAUAGAAAACCAGAUAAACUCACUCCUUAAAAAGAAGCUAAAAAAAUUUUUUUAAAAAUCCAGUUUACAAAUCAAGGCAAAACUUUUAGAAGUUCAUUCUCUCAAAGGUGAAAUAUCUCACAGUAUGGUGAAUGCUACUCCAAAUUCAGAUUACAACUCGACAGUGAAGAAAAUGAUUUGUUUCUGUGGUGACAAUAUGAGCAUAAAUUGGGAUGAAUAUAUAUUUUGAUAAAAAUAAUGUUCAUAUGAAAUUAAAAAACCUUUGGGGCAGAAGUGGUUUGGAAUUUGUUGUGAUGUACACAUAAUUCAUAAUUGGCUCCAAACAAGCUGUCAGUCAAAAUGGAGAUUGUAGUUGUUAAAAUUUACCAAUUAAAAAAAAGUUUAUUGUGGUGAAAUAUACAUGACAUUAAAUUUACAAUUAACCAUUAUUUGUAGUUAAAUAUGUAUAACAUAAGGGUUUUUUUAACCAUUUUUAAGCAUUAACUGCCACUGGGUUCAAUCCCCAGUACCUCCAUAUGUAUGACUGGGACAUUGUGCUGUCUGUACACCAGAAACUGAUACAUUGUAACUGACUGCACUUCAAUUAAAAAAAUAAAUUAAUAAAUAAAAACCCAAUUACCUCUCCCCCAAAUAAAAUAAUAAAUA